UCCGGUAUGCGCGCACCUGCUCAGUGACCUGGAAUAUACAGUUUACUAAAAUUUUAACAAUGAGACGAAUACCAACGUAACCAUUAUAUUUAGUUGAAUUUUCAUCUGCAAGAUGGAGCCUGAUCAGAUUCCCGAUGCUGACUGGCAGAGUGAGAGAUCCCUUCUUGACUGCCUGUACUACCUGUACACAUCUGGAACAGCCAGUGAUGUUGCCUUUGUGGUUAAUGGAGGCAAGGAACAAAUCCUGGCCCAUAAGACUAUCCUGGUGUCUCGAAGCUCUGUAUUCUGUGCAAUGCUGGAUGACCCUACCAUUAGUAAAUGGGAGAUAACUCUCUUGGAUACACAGCAGCACAUUUUCUCACUUUUUCUAAGAUACUUGUAUACAGAUACAAUAGAUUUGACUGUUGACUUGGCUACAUCCCUGUUACCGCUAGCUCGCCAGUAUUGUGUGAACCACCUUAUCAGGAAGUGUGAGACAUUCCUGAAAGAGAACUUUGCCUCCCAGAAUGCUGUCAUGUUUGUGCAGAACUCCAGACUACCUGACGCUGAUACCCAAGAGGAUGAUAUGGAAGACGGCGAGGAUAUGGCGGUAGAAUCUGAUGACGAGACGUCGCAUGAAGAGUUGCCUUCUUCAGACCAGGAUGAAAAAUUACCUACAGCGAUGGAUGACUGCAUGAAGACAAAGUCUGAGGUGACAGAGAUUGAUCAAGGCAAGCUUCACCUUGAUGGAGAUGAAAAUGGCUACAAGCGUUUGGUUGAUGCUGACGGAAGUGAUGACAAGCAUUUGAUUGGUGCAGAUGAUAAUGGUAAUAAACAUUUUGACAUUGCUGAUGCAGAUGGUGAAAAACAUUUAAUUGAUAGUGAUGAAGAUGAUAGCAAACAUUUGGAAGACCAAGAUAGUGAAAAACAUUUGGAUGACCAAGAUAGUGAAAAACAUUUGGAUGACCAAGAUAGUGAAAAACAUUUGGAUGGCCAAGAUCGCGAAAAGCAUUUGACUGACGAAGAAGACAAGCACCUACUUGAGGCUGAUGCUCAUCAGGAUAUUCCAUUGAAGACAGUUUCUAUACCAAGUGAAAAUUUACAAUCCCCAGUAGUUGAUACUCCUGUAAUAGAGGAAGCCUCAGCGAUGGAUCUCACAAUAGAUUCUUCCACGUCUAAAGUCCCGUCAGAAAGACCCAGUCAGCAAAAGCAGUAUAACAUGACCCCGGCCUACUCAGGAGAUGAAGAAAUGGUGGAUGUUGGCGACAGAAGUGGCGAGACAACGCACCCAGAUGAGCCGUCGUAUGUCGUAACCAGUAUGGUCCGUGGACUAAAGCCAAAAUGUCUGCAGAUACACUCUGGAUGGCAGCCUCAUGGCUGUCAUACAUGUGGAAGGAUGUUCUUCGAUUUAAACACUUUACAAGAGCAUGAAAUCACCCACAAAGUGAAACAGGAACCCGGCACUGAAACGGAAUCUGAUUCUGUUGAAUAUACACAUGGUUCUAUGUCCGAACUCAAGUUUUCUGAGAUGAAUCAUCUAUCCCGUUUUGAUGGUGGUGUCAGAAAUCCUGAUAAUGAAUUUGAGAAAAUGUAUAAGACUUCAAAUAUUCCCCCAGGUUCUACUACUGACAGCACACCAGAACAGUCCGAUUCCUCUUCAAAUUUUCAGGAGGAUACUGCGUUGCCGGAACUGUGGACAACUCCAACAAAGUUGAAUUCUGCAUCUGCUGUAGGGUCCUCCCAGCAAAACAAACACUUGAGGAUCAAGAUGUUGGGGAUGCCGUUCAGCUGUCAGGGCUGUGGACGUGGCUUCCAACUUGAAACCCAACUGGAGGAGCAUUACAAAAAAUACUUGUGGAAUAAAACGUUUAAAUGCAAGCAGAAUGGCAAUCAUCAUCUCAAUGCACACACAAAUGAAGUCCAUCAGUCUAUGGCUAAUUUUGACUGUAAGCAUUGUGGAAUGAAUUUCAGAAACGAAAAUUCGUACAAGGAACAUUUUGCGAAGGAACAUGGCGAGGGCAAUCCUUUUCAGUGUGAAUUGUGUGAUCGAGACUUUAAAUCUCGUUUAGGGCUAAAACUUCACAUGAUGGGACACACUGGUGAACGACCUCAUGUGUGUAGUAUUUGUGGUAAGGGUUUCCGUCAGAAAAUUUCUUUGUUAACACACAUCAAGAAACACAACGAUGAAGAUGUCCAUUCGUGUAAUGUAUGUAAUGAUAAAUUCCGUACACCUGUGUUGCUACGCAACCAUCUCGCCACUCAUACACGGGUGCGUGCGAACCGGAUAAUCCCGUGUGUACGAUGUGGGAAACAGUUCAAGGAUGAAAGGUUUUAUAUGAAACACAUGGAAACUCACGGGGUCAGCAUGACUUUGGCCUGCCAACAUUGUGAACUGCAAUUUGAGGAUGAAGAAUUGUACAAUGUGCAUUGUACAAAGGAACAUGAGGGCAUGACAUUUGACGAACCAGGUAAUCUUUGUUGUGGACAGUGCACAAAAACUUUCAGAUCUGAAAAGGCUUUUAACAAUCAUUUGAGGAUUCAUAUGAAAAUGAAUGAGAACCGUCAGAAAUGCGAGACCUGUGACUUGGUGUUUGCAUCUCUUGAGCUUCUGCAACAACACAAUCGUAUACAUGACAAAGACAAAUCGUUUCAGUGUGAAAUAUGUGGAAAGCAGUAUAAGUCGAAAUGUGCCCUUGUCCGCCAUGUCAUGUUCCACACAGGAGACUGGAAAUAUAACUGUGAAUUAUGUGGACGAGGAUUAAGCUCAAAUGCAGAAUUAAAGAAGCACAUGUUGGCACAUUCGUCCGAGAAAUCGCACAUGUGUGAUGUAUGUGGAAAUCGAUACAAAAAUCAGGUAACGCUGGAUCGGCACCUUAUGAGUCACCGUGGCGACCGACCACAUGUUUGCGAGAUCUGCGGAAAGGGUUACACGGACAAGUAUCAACUGAAGAUGCAUCUGAAGGCACACGCCAGAGAGAAACCAUUCAAGUGCGAUAUCUGUAGAAAGGGAUUUGAUGACAGUGAUGCGUUACUUACACACACUCUCGAACACAUGGGCAAGAAAUUAUUCAAGUGUGACAUCUGUUCCAAGUUCUACAGUAGGGAUUCAGCACUGAAAGUCCAUCUCAGAAUUCACUCCGGAGAAAAACCAUAUAAAUGUGAAAUGUGUGGGAAAAAAUUCACCAAUUUAGGCGACAAACAGCGUCACAUCAAAAUCCAUACGGGAGAGAAGCCCUUUAUCUGUGACAUCUGUGGCAAAGGAUUCUCUGAUAAAAAAUACCUGAGAAAACAUACUCUUAGUAAUGCCCAUAAACCAGAUCUUAUCCACAUUUAGUCCUUGAUCACCAUCUCAAACUUAAUAAUGUAUAUAAACUUCCAUGCUCCUCAAACUUAAUCAUGUAUACAUAUACAUAUAUAUACUUCCAUGCUCAUGUCAAACCUGGCUGUUUUCUUCGUUAGGAAGAUUAUAAGGGAAUAAUCACAGGGUUUCAAUAACACUGUACAUCAGAACAGGCAUUAUAAUUAUUGGUAAUUUAUUAUAUCUUUUGAAACCAUAUGUAGAAUUGUUAUAUUUAGACAGCAUCAAAUAAAGCUGUUAAUAACAUUAUUUUGAAGUUUGAUCAAAUCAACCAGGUGAGCGAUACAGGCCCUCUGAGCCUCUUGUAAUUAUUGGUAGUUUGUUACCUGACAUGAUCUUGAGAGACAUUGACAGCACAUGUACAAGUUUUGACACUUAAUGUUUUAUUCUUGAGCUAACUGUUACAGCCACAUUACCACUGAUAUAGAAAUGUACUCCACAGUGGGAUCGAUCAGACAUGGAUUUUCGACAGUCAAUGAGCCGGCGCGUACUGUAGUAAAUCAGUAUAAGAAGUCUGCAGUAUAUUCAUAUUUGUGUAAAGGAAAAUCUAUAGACAACAAAAUAUUGGAGUUUGUUUUCACCGAUGUAUAUAUAUACUGUUGUAAAUAAUUAAGCCAAAAACCCUUUUUCCUCUUCAACCUGUAGUAGAAUAUAGUCAUGCAGUUUGUGAGGUUUUGGUUUUCACAUUUUUCAAAUUUUUCACAUUUUCUGUAUAUAAAUAGACCUAGAAUAUAUACUAGUAACCAGAUUCUGUAAUUAGAGCUGGUGAUUUUAUACCAGAGUUACCUCCCUGGAAUACUUUUACCAGAGAGUGGCUUUACACUGGAUUUAUUACCUCACUGGAAUACUGUUACUAGAUCUAGAGAGUGUUUUUACACAGGAGUCGGAGUUACCUCCCUGGAAUCCUAUAUUCUAACUGGGUGGGUUUUAUGUGGUUGUUUUCUAGGGGUGAAACGGUUUACCGUGGUGUAACUGAACCGCAGUGUUUUUCUUUCGGUUUGGUACACGGUAUAUAUAGCAAAUUACCUGAGUCGCGUUUUGAUUUGUCCAUCAAUUAGAGAUAAUGCCCUUUUUUAUAUUAUUGUUAUUUCCAUCUUAUCCGGGAUCUCCUCUCUGAAUUUUUGACAGACAUAUUUCUUUAAAACUUGUUAGGCUUUACAUUCAUGAUAUGUUAUAGAGUUUUGAGUGUUUUUUGAUUUGUCGGUUAAUGAAAGUAUUUAAUGCCUGUUAUUUCAGUUAUGUGAUCUUAUCUGGAGAUAUUUGGCUAUAUUGAAAGUGAUAGCCAAAAACAAUUAUCCAAUCAAAAUGCUGCUUACAAAUUAAAGGUCACAGAUCUGUGACCUUUAAUUUGUAAGCAGCAUUUUGAUUGGAUAAUUGUUGUUAUGUUAUCAUAUUUUAGCAUUUUAUCAAAAGAAUCUAUGCCACACUUGAGCAUCAUAUGGCCAUUUAUUGUGUACACUUUACUCCGGCUGUUGAAAACGAACAAACAUGACUGAGUCAUAAUUCUGAAAAUCACAUCACGGAUUCCCCGAUAUAUCAAUAAAUCAUCAUUAGUCAUUAGAGGCUGAAAUUUAAUCUACUUAAAAUAAACAAAAGUUUGUUUACAGUAUAUGAAAUUAAUGAAGUCAUGUGAAUGAAAUAUUAUAUUUUAAACUGACUUUUGACAGUUUAAAGAAACAGUUUUUAAAUGUUACCAAUUCAGGAAAAGGCACAUUAUUUCACGUCAUUACUAUAUAUAAUCAGGAUAUACCCUUAACUUGAAAUUUACAUUUAUAAUAGCCUGAAAAUUAAGAUAACACAUAAUGUUGUUAAAAUAUCUGGUUCACCAAUGUAUGUUUCUUUUAUACUUAAGUAAAUUCUGUCCUUAAAUUUCGACACAGGAAGCUUAAAGACGGUAAAAAUCCUCUGAGAUUCAACUGUUCUUGAUUACAAAGAUUUAAGUAUAGGGCUACAAACAUUGGGGUUCACUUGAGACCCAACUGUUCUUGAUUACAAAGAUUUAAGUAUAGGGCUACAAACAUUGGGGUUACCUUGCGACAGAACCCUAGCUACCCAGCUGUCGUUUUGUAUAUCACACACUUAGCUGUAUUAAUAUUCCUGAUCUUAUCUCAUUUUAACAUUGAUGUUCCUGCGCAUUAUAGGAAAUUGCCACUCAUGUAAUUAUAAAUUGAAAACUUUUGUGCAGCAAGGGUUUAAGGGUUUGAAACAUUUGCUGUUUGAUUUUAGGAUGUCCUCAAAUGACCAAAA